AAACUUUCAGAAGUUGAGAGAAGAAAAAAAGUUAGUUAGGUUAGUGAGAGGGCUGUGAUUUUCAAUGCGCAGGACAGUCACUACCAAUGUCUGCGUUAGAAGAGCUGUAAACUUUUAGGAAAGUCACACGGACAGCGCCUUGAAAGAGUUCAGACACUUUAUAACAAGUUUAAAGGAUAAAGUUCAGUAGAUAUGCUUGUUUCCACAUUUAUUGGGGUGUUUCUGGGAAGAAGAAAAUCACUGCGCUGCCUACUUUUUUCCGCAAGGCUUGGAUAAUUAAUAAAGUGGACGGACAGAAAACGGCUUUGGGCUGUUUGGAUCUAUUUUUUCGGCAUUUUAUGGUUGCAGUCAACUUUUCUGUUUACACUAUUUCAGUCGGAUAGAAAGAAGAGCUAUAUUUUAUUUGGAGUCAUGGAUCCGAGCCAGCACAACCCUCCUGCCGGCCAUCAGAUCGUCCAUGUUCGGGGAGACUCCGAGACCGAUCUGGAGGCUCUUUUUAACGCUGUGAUGAACCCGAAAAACACCAUCGUCCCCCCUUCCGUGCCGAUGAGGAUGAGAAAGCUGCCAGACUCAUUCUUCAAGCCGCCAGAGCCAAAGUCCCACUCCAGACAAGCCAGCACAGAUGCAGGUACUGCUGGUACCCUCACGCCCCAGCAUGUCAGGGCACACUCCUCACCUGCCUCCCUGCAGCUGGGCGCUGUUUCCCCUGGCAAUCUGAGCAGCAUGGGUCCAGCAAACGCCCCACCUCAGCAUCUCCGCCAGUCCUCGUACGAGAUACCCGAUGAUGUGCCACUGCCCCCAGGUUGGGAGAUGGCCAAGACCCCUUCGGGACAGAGAUACUUCUUAAACCAUCAUGACCAGACGACCACCUGGCAGGACCCACGUAAGGCCCUCCUUCAGAUGAACCAGGCCGCCCCGGCCAGCCCAGUGCCUGUGCAGCAACAGAACAUCAUGAACCCUGCCUCAGGACCUCUUCCUGAAGGCUGGGAGCAAGCUAUUACCUCAGAAGGAGAGAUCUACUACAUCAAUCACAAAAACAAAACCACCUCUUGGCUGGACCCACGACUCGACCCGCGUUACGCUAUGAACCAGCAGCGAAUUUCCCAGAGUGCUCCAGUGAAGCAAGGCUCCCAGUUGCCCUCCAGCCCGCAGAGUGGAGUAAUGGGUGGAAACAACCAGAUCAGGCUGCAGCAGAUCCAGAUGGAGAAAGAGAGACUGAGGAUCAAACAAGAGCUCCUUCGCCAGAGACCCCAGGAGCUCGCCCUGAGAAACCAGCUUCCAACCAGCAUGGAGCAGGAUGGCGGCACUCAAAACCCUGUGUCCUCACCCGGCAUGGGCCAAGACGCCCGUAACAUGACCACCAACAGCUCUGACCCUUUCUUGAACAGUGGGACAUAUCACUCCAGAGACGAGAGCACAGACAGCGGCUUGAGCAUGAGCAGUUACAGCGUCCCCCGCACUCCAGACGACUUCCUCAACAGUGUGGACGAGAUGGAGACAGGCGAUACCCUCGGCCCCAGCUCCAUGGCCACACAGCCCAGCCGUUUCCCCGACUACCUAGACGCCAUCCCGGGCACAGAUGUGGACCUGGGCACCCUGGAGGGGGAGAGCAUGGCGGUGGAGGGCGAGGAGCUGAUGCCCAGCCUGCAGGAAGCCCUGAGCUCUGACAUACUCAACGACAUGGAGUCCGUGCUGGCAGCUACCAAGAUCGACAAGGAGAACUUUCUAACCUGGCUAUAGAGCGCCUGAAUCCAGCACUACGCCUUCUCUUCCAACAUGCUGAACUGCUGCCUAAUCCAAUCUGUGAAGGAUGUGUAGAUGCUUUGAGUUGAGAAAAGAAAAGACAUUUCACCCUCCUGGACAUGAAACUUAUCUUAUCUUCCAUUCACUACGUUUGGCCGAAUUGGUUUUAAAAGCUGAGGUAUUUUAACCUUUGGUCCUUUUGUGCUUCUUUUAUGUCUUUUUUCCAUGUCUGCAUCCUCAAGGCUGGCCCAUGAACAGACAAGUAUUCACAAGUACCCAAUUCUCUUUCACGGCUGUCCUAUGUGACAGUCCAUCAGCGUUAAAGUAUGUGAAUUUGUGUGCGCAAAGUGAACUCCUCGCUGGGCGAACGGGCCCAAUGGGCUCAGGUGUUCCCCGAGAGUGAGCGAUAAAGACAGAUGAACCCCAAAAUCAACCUCCUGUGACUGCAGCUCCUGUCUCAGAACAUCCCUGAUCUCAGCUCAGCGACAAUUGACUGUUUUUCCCUCAUACAGUAAUGAGCCUGAGAAACCAAAAAAGCGAUGAGGAGGUCGUCUGUACGUGUUUUUUUUGAUGGGAUUGGGAUUGAAAGGUUAAAAUUGAAAGGUUUCAACGUGUGGCUUUGGUUAAACAAACCCUGCUGCUUGGCUGUGCCAGCAUAUCACACUAGAAACUGUGUAAUCAAGUGCCUUCGGACAAAAAAAAUCCUGUCGUUUUUACACUAGAGAUCAUAGAUCAAAUUUGAAAACAUUUGCUUUUACUUACUCGCUUCAUUAAUCAAAGUAUAUUUCUUUCAAAGGUUUUAUAAAAAAUAUUAUGUUGGGAAUUAGGGUUUGAUUUUUUUUUUUUUUUUUUUUUUUUUUCUUUCCUCUAAAGAACCCUAGCCUCUUUGUGUGUUAGUUUUAUUUAAGCCUUAUUUUGUUAUUUGACGUUUAUGGCAUUCAUUUGUGAUCAAAGAACAAAUCUGAUCUGUUUUUGCUCUCGUUUUAAUGGAUUUAUACAGAACAACAACUGAAAUGAUUCACAGAUAACACUGACUAGAUGGACGCUGUCGUUCAUAAUCAAUCUGAGGGGGGGAUCGUUUGGUUUUGUUACCGAUAUCUAUUUUUAUCUUACGAUUUUAGUAUCUCAGUUGAUAUGUUCCUGCUUGCUUGCUUGUUUUAGUGAAAAUAUCUCAUCCAAAAGCAAGGAAGAAAAUAUCAAGGGCACUUUGAUCAAUAGACAGACAUCUCUGAUAUGAGCUCCAGUAGAGUCUGUGCCAGUUAUGUUGAUGCUGUUUGGUGCCGAGAUGGAUAUCGGGCCAGAAGUGGAAGGUUCUGAUACGUUUAGAUGGCUAGAUGAGCAUGUCUUGAGGGUUAGUGCUGUAGAUUAGCUGUUAGCUUGGAUUUGACUUGGUAAAUGUGGAUAUGAAUGAUAGAGUAGACUGUAAUGGAAACAAUCAGUUAUCGUUUCUGUCAGGAUUUCUUCGACGAGGCUUCCAAAGACUUUUUUAUUUUUGGUAAUUCUUUUCUCUUAAUGGACGACAAAAAAUAAUUUAUCAUACUUUUAUGUACACAAAAAACAUAAGCUAACGGUCUAAUUGAUUAGUGAGGAGAUUUCUAAUGAAGCAAGAUUUGACAGGCCCUCAAAUGCUGGUUGUGAAGUCAGUACUAAAGACACAUUAGGCAGGUUACCUAGGUUUACAUGAUUUCACUAUAGAAGAACACUACAUUAUAAAUUUGAUGCAGAAUCUUUGCAUUCAGUAAUAUACUCUGAAUAUGUCCUCUUGUUUACAAUAUGGUUAUUUUUACACUACAUAACUGUAGCUCAAUAACUGGCCCAAACACUAAAUGUGUUUUGUACUGAUUUUUUUUUUUUUUUAAAGGCGACAUUUUAUGAGUAUAAUCUUCUGUUGUCUGUUUGGGUGAAUGUACCGCUAAGGUCUGUAACUCAAUUGCCUCAGUAAGCAAAAAUUUUAUGGUCAAAUUUUAUGAUCAAAAACAUGGUAAUGAAAGUUAGAGUUCUAGAGAAAAUAACAGUGGAGAGAAAAAAAGACAAGCUAAGAGAAAUAUCUAUUUUUGCAAACAUAGUAUUGAUGGCAGACUCUAGUGUGGUAAAACAGUGUUGGAGAGAGCAAUGCAACAAAAUGUUUUAUGAAUUGUGGGUACAGUUAUGGUAUUGCACGUUUAUAGAACAUUGACUAAAAUGUGUAUGUCACUUAAACAUGAUUUUAUGCUUGCUUAGUGUGCAACUGUUCAGAAUAUAUAGUAACUGUUUACUUUUUUUGUAGUGGUAGUACUAAUCACACAAGUUAAUGGAUUGGUAUUUAGAUUUCUUUAAAUGCACCCAGAAUGAAUUUAUAUCCAUUUAUUAUGAUCUAAUGUUUGUUUGUUUUUUCUUUUUUUUUUUUUUUUUUAAUCAAUGUAUGUGCAUGUACCUUAGAACCUUAAGUUCUGUUACAUUAUAUCUUCUUUACAUAUUACUUUAAAAUUGGCCUGGAAUAAAGUAUAUACUUUGGUAGA